AUGACUACAACUACUCCACAUUCAAGCCAAGAAUGGAAGUUUGACAAUGACGAAUUCAACGAAAUAAGGCCAGGCAGUUCUAGAUAUCAUCUUUUUCGAUAUGAAGGAAAUGGAAUUCUGGUAUUUGAUUCUCAUUCGCGAAGAUCAGACGAAUUAUUAUAUGAAGAAACUAAUAAAAUUGUAGCUAGAGAGCCGUUACCCGAAUUUAAGAAUAAAAAAGCUGAAAAAAUUUACGAAUACGGUAAUCGCUAGCCAGAUAGAAUCCAGUACUUGAAUAUGCGGAACUAUACAUCCAAUAAAAAAAUCCCAUGCGAAUAUACGUUGGUUAUACCUCAAGACUCAUUGAAAUUUGAGUCAAAAUUUGAAGGCGGGAAUUUGAGGAAGGCUAUAAGAGUUAGUGAAAAUGAAUAUAAAAUUUCUUAUAAAUUCACCGCUAUAUCAGUAUUUUUUGAUAAAAAAAUGCUUUUAAAUGAUAAAUUUACUGUGUUUAAGGUAAAAUUAAAUGGAAUAUAAUUUAUUGUUAGAAUUUGACACAGAAACCGAAGGUUAUACUCAAUGAUAUUAUUUUGCAGUUGAAAAUAAUAAAGCUGAUGCAAAUAUCAGAUUUAAUAUUGUCAACUUAAUGAAAUAUGACUCACUAUAUAAUGAUGGGAUGCAGCCACUCGUAAAGUCUCUUAGAGAUGGAGGUGGAUGAAAACGGGCUGGCUAUAAUGUAUCAUAUUAUCAAAAUUCCUACCAAAGGCCUAUAUCGACCCCAAAUAAACCCGUAUUUUACUAUUCUAAUUCAUAUAAAUUCUAUCAUUCCCUUUUAUAUAUUACCAACAAUCCAAUUCAAGGGAAAACAAAAUACACCUUAACUUUUUCCUAUAAAUUUGAGUACCCUAACGACCAAGUUUUUUUCGCUUACUGUUACCCUUAUACAUAUACCCAGCUAUUAGCAUACCUCGGCAGCUUCAAAACUCACGAAAAAAUCCUCAGGAUUGAGUCCCUUUGUAAAACCUUAGGCGAUAAUUCCUGCCCAAUUUUGACUAUAACCAGAAACGUUUUAACAUAUCCUUCCCUUGAUUUUUUGUCUGUAAAGCAAAAAUAUAUGUACAGUACCAUGAAAUAUAAUUUUAAGGACAAAUUAAAAUGUAAGGUAUAUCUAUAGUUAGUGAAUGAACAUUCCCGCAAGAAAGGAGUCAUAUUGACUGGCAGAGCACAUCCAGGGGAAACCAAUUCUAG